ACUUUCCAGUCCACGCUUUUUUUAAUGAAGGAAAAAAGAUCUGGGGUAUAUAUAUAUAUACACAUAUAUGAGGGAAUGGCCGACGCCGUCGUUUCAUCGCCCCUGUCAAACCCUCUCGGUUCUCUACAACAAUUUUUGCCAAAAGGAGUAAUAAACAAGCGAUUCGAUAAGACGAGGAAAUAACAACCAUCAUUAUGUGAUAUUAAAUUGGGUGAACGGUUUUUUCAUCAAUCUACGUGGAUCUCGAUACAACUGUUGAGUAAAUACGACGAGGAUUGAAUCUACUGGGUAUUUGCAAGAGAAAUUGUACGAUUGGGAGUUGCGAUGUUGAUGAUGAUGAUGAUGGUGGCAAGGCGGGGCUGUAAUAUCAUCGAGAUGAUGUGAAAAAGCCGAUGUGACAAGCGUAUUUAUGUCACUGAUUGUUAGCAGGGUCAAGUUAUGGAGGAUAGUGUGAGCGUCAAGUCGAUGGAAUCAGUGGCGACAAGUGACGAGUAUGAAUUUGUGAAUGACAAAGGAACGAGCAAAAAUCCGCAGGGCCUCCUGGAACAGCCUAUGCUCAACAUCGCCAACAACGGUAAUUUGGAAGAUCUCCAGAAUAAUUUGAGAGAGGUAUUAACUGAGGAGACAGCAAAAAUGGAGAGUGUAGGAGACGUCAAGAUUAUUGGCACCAGUCAAAAGACAAAAGAGGUUGGGCAGAGUAAAUUUUACGAUGUACUUGCUACUCAGGAGAAACAGGAUGAAAUGAAGCCAGAUGAUUACGAGGACUACGAGAUGAACGCUAUGACUGACUUUCACCAGGAAUGCACGAUAUUCAAUGGAGUGACUUAUCUCGGUGCUGCUGCCAUAAAUGCCCCUAAAUCCGAGGCUGAGAUCCAGCGAAAUAUGGCGAUUCUGUCCGCUGAGCAGACGGUUAAUUUAGAAAUAAAAGUUUCAGUCUCAGUGCCCAGCAGUUCUCAGGGGUCAGUUGUCUUGUACGAUGCAGGAACACAACAGCCAAUGGCCUAUUAUGAGGUGCAGAGAAUUUUAUUUUAUGUACGUGGUGAUAUAACUGGCAGUUGUGCUGCUUGUUUUGCUUUCACGUGGUCCCACGGUGAUACACAAGAGUCUGCGGUAUUUCAGUGUCACGUUUUUCGUUGUGACAUACCAGAAGCUGUUGGACAGGUGUCCGCUUGUUUUGCUAAAGCCUUUCAACGCAUUCCCCGAUCAAUGACAAGUUCUGUUACGAGUACAGAGUUGAACAAUAGCUUCAAUCAAGCUGAGAGAAUUAAUUCUCGUGUAUUUAUCUUCGAGGUAACACUGGAGGUUAAAGAAGAGGAUGGCAGGGGAUGCUACAGUACUGUACCAAAGGACAGAAAUUGUUUUAAACUUCGUAGCAACGUUGCCAAACAAGUUUGUCUGAGUAUUCAACAAGUAUCCAGCAAAGAGGGAGGAAUAACUCUCGAGGUUGAACGAUGCUUUGGGGUAUUGGUCAGUCCAGGUCGAAAUGUCAAGCAUUCAGACAUGCGUUUACUCGAGAUGCAGUCGAGUAUAGCCCCUCUGGGGCAGGAUAAGCAGUGCUAUAAUAUAUCUGGCAGUUGGGAUCCAGCAGAUCCAGCUCUGGAGACUCUCAAUAAUGAAACGAAAGAGGGAAAAAUCUAUAUGACUGUUGCUGUUGAUCUUGUUAUCAGGGGAAUCAGAGAACCAGUUAGAUUUGUCAUUGAAACAGCUGUCAAAGUUUAUCCUCAGAAUGAAAGGUUUUGGUACUUGGUAAAGAAAAAUCUCAUUCAGCAAUUUCAAUUGAAUUCUAAGGAAAUAAUUUCGGCUGAUGGCAAAGAAAUUCACUACGAGGUGCAAAGCAUUGAGACGUCUGGAGAGUUGGAUAGAAAUCGAUUGAAUCUUGCUCUCAAUUUGGCUUCAUUAAUUAGAUCCCCUUCAUUAACGAGUAUUGAUACUUUGACACCGAAAGAAGAAGCGGAUUCUGAUGGAGAUGAGCCCAUGCUCAGUGGCACUGGUGAGGUCUCCAAGUACUGCUCAGUCGAUGAGCUGGCGAGCUGGAAGGAAGUCCUAGACAGCUGGCAGAUUAAUCAACACCGUCCAAAGUUACUCAUUAAAUUGACACGUCAGGGAAUACCUGAGGCUCUGAGGGGAGAGGUCUGGCAGAGGCUGAGCAAUUGUGAUAAUUCUCUGGAUAUGAUGGAUAAAUAUAGAAUUCUCAUCACCAAGGAGAGCAGUUGUGAGAGUGUAAUAUUGAGAGACAUCAAUCGAACUUUUCCCGCCCAUGAUUUUUUCAAAGAAACUGGCGGUUUGGGACAGGAUUCCCUGUAUAGAAUCAGCAAGGCUUAUGCUGCAUAUGACGAGGAAGUGGGAUAUUGUCAGGGAUUGAGUUUUCUCGUUGCCAGUCUUCUUCUACAUAUGCCGGAGGAGCAAGCGUUUUGCGUUCUUGUUAAAUUGAUGUACAAUUAUGGAUUGAGAGAUUUGUACAAAGACAGAUUUGACAAUCUUCAUAUGCGAUUUUAUCAGCUCAACCGUUUAAUUGAGGAUCAAUUACCAGAGCUCUACAAACACUUCUUCGAUCUCGGAGUUGAAACUCACAUGUUCGCAGCCCAAUGGUUCCUCACCCUGUUCACAGCACGAUUUCCUCUCUAUCUAGUGUUUCACAUUCUUGAUGUCUUUUUGCUGCAAGGGCUGGAUACCAUCUUCCAAGUGGCUCUGGCUUUACUCACGCUGUGCAAGAAGGAACUACUUCAACAGGACUUUGAAUCGAUAUUGAAAUAUUUCCGUGUUCAUCUUCCGAAACGUUGUCGUAAUGAGGAUGUAUCACGUCACGUCAUGAAACUCGCGUGCUCAAUAACAUUGAAGAAACUUAAAAAAUAUGAGGCAGAGUUCACGACACUCAAAGAAGCACAGGAGAAUGCAGACGAGUACAGUAAUGAAUUGGAACAAUUACGAACUGUCGUUGGGAGAAAUGAGGAGGAGAAACAAAGACUUGAGGCUGAGCUCGUUCAAGUUAAAGAGAUGUUACAGAGAGAAGUUGCGAGAGCUGAUGCAGAAAGUCGAAGAAGUGUUGUCAUUAUCAAUGAGUAUAAACAGAUUUGCCAACGUCUGGAGGACGAUUACAAUUCAGCGAAAACUGCUCUGAGUGACUUAAGGGUGAAAAUUUCAAAAUGUGAAAAAUGCAGAGGCUGUGUUGCUGACGCUUCAACAGUUUACGCUGAUAUUUCUCAUCCCCUUGAGAGUCGUGUCGAUCCAAUGCUGCAUCGCACACAGGAACGCGUCCGUGAACUAGAGCUUGAAUUAGCCCAGACUAAAUUGGCACAUGUCGAAGCUGAAUGUCGAAACCAGGAUUUAACCCAUCAACUCCAUGCAACAGCCUCAGAGCUCCAGACAGCUCGGAAUACAUGGCCCUGGCUUAGCAAAACCCUAUCAAGUAUCAAAGAAGCUGCUAACAAACGCGAUGUCAUUAGUCCAGGUGUUAUAAGACGUGAAAGUGCACCAGGCGGUGAAAUGAGACACGCGAUACAUUCGCAGAGUCGUGAUAGCAUUAAAGAGGCUGUUUGACUGAGAAUAGAUAAUGGGUAAUCUGAGUUUCGACUUACUCCUGGUAGAAGAGAUCGCACCAAAAUUAUUUUACGCAUUCCAUCAAGUUUAUUUCCAGUUGUCUAAGGAAUAUGGAAAAAACAAUUGGACUACGAGUUUCGAUGAGUUCACAAACUUCAUAUUGCUUCCGAGAUUAACAAAUUCUUUACUUUUUAUCGUUGGAAGCAAUAAAAUCCGAAGAUUUUGUAACAUUUUGUUUAAUAUUUUUCAUUGAUAUUAAAAAACAUAUGAGAAUAAGGUAAUCUCAUUAAUUGUCUCUUUUAUUGAAGUUAUGCCUCCAUUGAGUAUAAUUCAGUGGUGUGAAGGGAAAAUGGGAGUCGAUUCAACAAGUGAAUCAUUUUUUUAUCAUUUAUCUACUGAAUUACGUGUUAGUGAAUAUAAAAAGGAAUAGACAGUGCAGAAAUGGAGUUGGUCGGUCAAAUUUCGUCCUAUCAUGAUUUUCAUGAUUCCAAGAUUUUUGGAGAAUGUAACACACGAUUUUCGUUGACGAAAAAAUUACAUAAUUACAUUAUUCGUGACCAAAAAAAAAAACAAUUAACAACACAAAACAGAGGAUUUCGAAUAGCAGAUAGUAUUAUUAAGUAGAAAGCUGUGUUAAUACGAAAGAUUGUAACAUUCAAGACACUAGGUGCCAUGACGACGUUUAAGAGUUUUUUUUUUGUUCCUCCAUUCGCGUUAUGAUAAAGCUCUUAAUACUGAUUUAAUCAUAAUUUGCAUUACAUUGAAAAAUAAAUGGGUAAACCUAGAAAUUUUCAAUCCUUCGCAAUCUCAUGAAUGAAUAAAUAAUUUAAAAGAAUCUUCAGGGAAGAAAAAUCACUGAAGUUCCUUCUGUCCAUUUCACCCUAUCUUCCUCACUUACAUUCGCCAGAAUCGUAAUAUUUUUAUACUGUUCAGCUUAUUAUUAAACAAUUAUAUGAAAAAAAAUUAAUUGGUAUUAUUCCAUUAUGUUGUAUUCAUCAGUCCCGCACAACCAGAAUAUGUAAUGUGAAGAGAUGAAAUGUGUCUCGCACGAAAUAAUACCGAAUGACAAA